UUCUUGACUGUGUCAUUUGAUUAUCAAUCAUAACUAUCAUUAUUCAUUAUACGAUCUAUAUCAACUCACAAUGAAUACUUGAAAAGAAUUCAAGCUUGUUACAGAUGUUGCUGCUGCAUCUUCAUCCUCUUUCUUUUCUCAUCUUCUUCUUCUCCAUCUUCCCAAUUUCAUACUCAAUACCCUUCAUUGUCAUUCACGGAAUUGGGAAUCAGUGCUCUUUCCCUACUGUCAAAUUACUCACCGAGGAACUCAUCGCCUGCUCUGUUGUUCAGGGAUUUUGCGUUGAGAUAGGCAAUGGAGCAUGGGAUUCAUUUUUUAUGCCUAUGCAAGAGCAGGCAGAUGUUGUUUGCCAGAAGGUGAAGGAAAUGAAAGAAUUGAAGGGAGGAUACAACAUUGUUGGCUUCUCCCAGGGAAAUUUAAUUGGUCGAGGUGUGGUCGAGUUUUGUGAAGGAGGACCUCCCGUUAAGAACUUUAUCUCUUUAGCGGGCCCUCAUGCUGGUACUGCUUCAGUUCCCCUAUGUGGUAAAGGUAUCUUUUGCGUCCUUGCAGACAAUCUCAUCAAGGGAGAGGUUUACACUACCUAUAUUCAAGAACACUUAGCUCCUAGCGGAUAUCUUAAAUUACCAAAUGCCAUACCUAAAUAUUUGGAGUACUGUAGGUUCCUCCCUAAGCUUAACAAUGAAAAACCUGGUCAGAGGAAUUCCACUUACAAGGAAAGAUUUAGUAGCUUAGAAAAAUUGGUGCUUAUCAUGUUUGAGGACGACAAAGUUUUAAUACCAAAAGAAACAUCCUGGUUUGGUUACUAUCCAGAUGGCAGCUUUGAGCCAAUUUUACCACCACAAGAGACAAAACUUUACAUUGAAGACUGGAUUGGCUUAAGAGCUUUAGACGAAGCUGGCCGUGUCCAUUUCAUUAGCGUUCCAGGAAAACAUCUGGGAAUAUCCGAAGCAGAUAUGAAGAAACAUAUAGUACCAUAUUUGAUCUGCCAAACAUCAAGAGAAGAUUGCAGUAGCACCACUAAGGCGGGCUUUUGGAGAAUGCGUAGAGGUAAUCAGAGAUUUAUUCCAAUCGACAAUAUGGUAUAAUAUCUAUCAUACAGUGGAGGAAGAAUCAUCAAGAUUCAGCCAAGACAUUACUAUAGAUCGAUCAUUGUCAUCUACGGAGAGCAUACCACGCAAGGCUUUCAAUGGUGAAAUUAUUGGCAGUAUUUAUGAAGAGAAGUCUACAAAAGAAGAAGUCAUCAUGUAUACUAGUCUUGAUUGAUAAACAAUAAUCUAUUAAAUUAUGGAAUAACAGGUUUGGACAAAUCGAAAGAGUUGUUUGCAUCAAAUUACUUGAUGCAUAUAAGAUUGUGAUGCAUCAUGAAUAUGAUAUUAGUUCAAGUGUCAGCUGAUACUUAAUUAUUGAUUCUAUUAUUGAUGUACAUUGUUGGUCUAUGUGUAAUACUCAUAUCCGUUCAUUGUUGGAAUGUAUUGCUAAAAAUUAUUAGAUUAAUCUACUAAAGAAAUGUUUCUAUAGGUCUAAAA